AUGGACGGGGAUCUGAAACACGAAGAUACCAAUUUGGCCUCGUCUUCAAUUACUCCUCCUCAUUCCGCUCCUCGUGUACCGGUGGGCAUCCUUGUACAAUACAAAGUCAAAGUGAGACUGAUUCUAGGAUUCAGUAUCAGUGAUGUUUGCCUCGAGCUUCCAUUUAUCCUAACCCAUCCGAAUCCAGAAGAGCACAAACUGGACGAUCGCGAACCCGAUACGGAGGAAGUUUUCUCCCUAAGCAUGCCUCGUGAACCACAGCAAGCUGUAAAAGCACUUCCUGUUUCCACUGCACCAGUCUGUGCACCGCCACCGGCACCCCCAAUCCAAUCUCAGCGACCUUUGGCGGUUAACAAUAUCUCACCGAAUUCACGUCCUCGAUCCAGUUCACCUAUCAAUCGUUUGCAUGAUCAGCCCUCAGGAUUACAUCUGAUUCCUGUGAAUGGCAAUCUUACCAAUGGUGACCAUCGUCGCACACAAGGGAGCGAAUCAAUAGUGCCAUCACAAGUUCAUCCAAUCAUGCAUCGUCAUACGAGCAGUGCAGUAUCAGCACCGCCUCGAGCGAACACUAUUCCUGGGAUUGGGUUUGUGGACCCGACGGAUCAGUUCGUUUUCGGACCGUCUAAUCAUGAUCAACUUGAUCAAGGCAACGUGAUAGCUACGAACAACACUGCCGUGCAAAAUGAUAACAAUAGCAGCAAUCACAGUGCCCGUCAUCCGUCGCAGCGUAAUCCUCGUACGCUGGGUAUGCCUCAGACACAUCGCAACUCAACUCUGUUCUCGUCCGUGGGUCACGCUGUCACGUUGCCCCUGUGCGCCACACAGUCCCCGAUCUUUUGUGAUGGCGGUGGUGGUGGUGAUACUGAUGGUAAUGUUCGUAAUUGUCUGACUGGGCAUAAGAAAAUGUCUCUCCUCGAAUUCAUAUUUGGUCCAAGCUCUCUGAGGUUCUUCUGA